UGCGCCAUGGUUCACUACCAACAAGUGAUCGUACGAUAGGCAUUCUGCGUUUGUUGUGUUAUUUUUAGUAAAAAAGUAUGUUUUCCGGGACUUGAAACGUGCGUUGAAGUGGUCUCAACCUUUUCGUGGACGAUGAACCUGUGCCCGUGAAAUUCUUCCAUGUGAGUAGCAGUCAAAGAUGUGUAUGAUGCACAAGCCGGUUUAGCCGCGGUCAAAACAUGCAGAAUCGAGAUCGGGGGUAGACGCUGCAACACGGUGUACACAGUAAACAACGCCGUUCAAAAUAAAUUGAAAACCACUCGGCUGUGAAGAUUGUUUCAAGAUUAUGAAUAACUAAGUUAACAGUUGCCGCAAUGUCGCUCAGUAAAGAAGAUCAACAGUCAUACCUAAAAGUAGCUCAAAUCUACUACUCAUUUCAAGACGAGCAUCCAGUCGAAAGAAUUUUUAAAAGAAUUUUAAAGAAAAAGGGCGACAUAAAUUUCAAAAUACCAAGCCGCAGCACACUGAAGUACAACCUAGCCGAUUUAUUUGGCAGUACAGCGCUUCACAUUGUAGCCUUCAAGGGUCAUAUCAAUGCUUUUAAUCUGCUGUUAAAUCAAGGUUCCGAUUUCACAAUUCGCAACCACCAUGGGAAAACGGCGCUUCAUUACAUGAUCAACGAUCAGUCCGUUGAGGAGGCCGAAGAGUUCGUCAAUUCCGUGUUGACCGCUCACAUAGUCACCGGAGACCCCACCAAUCCCUGUGACAAAAAUGGCUUGUCUCAUUUUCACAUCGCCUGCUUGAAAAACAACGUUCGCGCCGUGAAGUUUUUCCUCGAAAUGGAAAUACCCGUCGACGAAGCCGUGAGCUCGGACUCGAGUCAGUUCGCGGGUUACACGCCGCUACACUUCGCGAUCAAAGGCCUCGCCGUCGAAACGGCCUUUUUGCUCCUGAAGAAUCACGCGGACGUGAGCUUAACGGACGCCAGAGGCAUGUCGGCGCUGCACAUGCUUCUCAGAGACAAGCUGGCGAUACUCAACAAUCCGGACAAGAUCCGCAAGGACAAGAAUCUGCAGGCGAUCGACGAAAUACUGGAGCUGUUGUCGACGAAUCACGCAGUCGACAGCGCAGGCAUAACCAAAUUCCACAUCGCCUGCACGAUGAAGGACUCGUCGAUCGUCGAGUACAUGUUCUGCCGUACGCGCGACGUGAAUCAUCAGGUGAGCGCGGAUUCGCCAGUUUUCCCUGGCUAUACUGGCUUGCACUUCGCCGCCCAGUGCAACAUCGGCACUGCCAGAUUGCUGAUCAGCAAGGGCGCCAACUUCGGCGUGAAGGACACCGCGGGCAACACGCCGCUCGACCUCUAUCUGGAAAACCGCAAGUGGCAGGAGCUGAAGACGAUACUGAUGUGCGAGCACGACUUGAAGAACACCGUGUUCGCCAACAGCAAGGCCAAGCUCGUCGACUUCUUGGCAGCGCUGCACGACUGUUUCGUGCCAUCGGUGUUUUACAAUUACCUGCGCGACGUCGUCAAGGACGCGAGAACGCGCAUACCCCUCUCGUCGCCUUUAUGGCCGGGCUUCACGCCGCUUCACUUCGCGGUGUUGGCUUGCGAGGAGACGAGCGCCGCGGUGAUACGACUGUGCUUGGUCCAAGGCGCCGAAGCUCACGUGCAAGACAAAUGCGGCUGGACGCCGCUGCACCUGGCCUUUCGUCGCCACAAGGUCGAGGCCAUCAAGUGGCUGCUACUUCAUCACCACGAGCUCGUCAAUCCCAGUGACGACGACGGCCUGACGCACUUGCACAUCGCUUGCGCCACUGGACAUCUAGAAUUCGUCGACAGACUUCAGUACAGCUUCGACCUCAACGUUGUCUACACGGGUAAACGGUCGGUAGGCUUGAUAAAGCCCGGCUUCACUUUGCUUCACACUGCAAUUGCCAGUGGUAGUAGCGCGAUCGUCGAGAUACUACUCAAUCAUUGCGUGGACGUCGAAGCGAAGGACGCCAAUGGGGAGACCCCGAUCCAUCAGUUCCUUCGACUUACCGAUAACAUCAAAAACAUGGGCCGAAUCUUAUUAGCUUCUAGACACUUGAAGGACCAUGUGCUCGAAAAAAUCGGGCUGAGCCGAAUACACCUCGCUGUUUACUGCGAGAACUUGGACGAAGUCGACAAGUCCGAGGCAAACGUCGACGUGGCGAUCAAUUGCGAGGAUUCAGCGUCGCCUUGGUGUUGUUACAACGGAUACACACCGCUGUAUCUGGCGAUCAAGGAACGCUCGGAUGUACCAUUCUUGCAUAAGCUGUUGAAACGUGGCGCCGACAUUCUGGCGACAAAACCAGGUGGAAUGUGCCCCCUAUUUGAGGUUUUGUCGAGCGACUGUGAUAAAUUUGUUAUGGACACGUUUGUUGAUAUGCUCAAGAGUACGGAGGACAUUCAAAAACGCUUGAAAAGCAUCUCGGGAAUAACCAUCCUCCACAUUGGCUGUUACAUUAUUGACGUUGAAUUGAUUAAUUUUUCAUUAACGGACAAAGAAAUCGACGCCAAUUCGCAAGUACACGCCGACUGUCCGAUUUGGCCUGGCGACACGCCUGUGCACGUGAUGCUGAAGAUUAUUAAGUGUAUCAAUAGACCUAGCUUAUCCCAAGAUUUCCAUAGCGUACUCGAAUUGUUGUUGUCUGCUGGUGCCGACGUUACUAUCGCAAAUAAGGACGGUGAUAGCCCUGUUCAUUUGGUAUAUGAUCACUUCUCGCCUCCACUGGGUUACAAAUAUAUCGACAUACUUAUAAGCCAACAAAAAGACUAUCGACUCAAUCCAAAGAACAAUGACGAUGUGUCGCACUUCCAUUUAGCUUGCAUGGUCAACAAUUGCGAGAUAGUUAGCAAAUUUUUGCAACAUUUUGGAACGAGUAUCAUAAAUGAUCCAAUUGACUUGUUUGCGGAAAAGUUCGCAGGAGAAACUCCGCUACAUCUAGCUGUGGAUUUUAUAGCGCGGCAGAUGUUUGGUGCCGAGCGUCAAUUACAAACUAUUAAUUUGUUACUGUUACAAGGUGCGAACGUUUGCGCUGAGGAUAAUUAUGGAUUCACUCCACUCCACAAAGCUGUUACCAAGGGUCCGCUAAUUAAUAUUAUUGAUAAAUUAGUCAAUUAUGGAGCUGUUAUUAAUGCCGAGAGUAUAUUCGGAGAAACGCCUUUGGAAAUUAUAUUAAAAUUAGAAGAGAUCCCAAUCCAUGUGAUGAAAUUUUUCGCCAACCUUGGUUGUCGCUUGAACUCCAGUAAUCCUAUAACCGAAGUGGGUUAUUUGUCGCUUGUCAUUUCAAAUUAUUAUCAUCGUAUAUCACAACAAGUCCGUGCUUAUGAUGUUAUGAUGAAUUCUGAUGAUAUGGUCGCGGUUGAUGAAAUGGGACGUAUUGCUAUUCACAAUAUCGUUACCACAACUGACACUUCACCAGACCUCGUUGAAUACACUGGGUUUAUGGAAACGUUCUUUGAAAAUGAUUAUGAUAUUGAUAUUCAAGAUAAGAGAGGUAAAAGUGCUCUCCACCUUGCAGCAAAAUUUGGAAAUGUUAUGGCUGUGGAAGCUCUGCUCAAUCUCGGUGCCAAUGUCAAUCUCCUUGACAAAAAUAAUCGAACUGCAUUAUUUUACGCUAUGAAGUUUCACGACCGCUGUAAACGUUGCCCCGUAAGGCAAUGCCAUAAGAGAACCAUUUACUGCCUCGCUCGACACAUACGGAAAUUGAAAGUAUUUAAUCUAGACAUUGAGAAUCUUAAUUCCUAUCUAAUGCGAGUUGAGCUACCAAAAAUAUUUGAUAUUCGACUGUUGGAUCAUCGAUUUCUCGGACAAAUGGAAAUAACGAAGCGAUUGGUAGUUGAUGAAGAAUCAAAGCUUUAUUUAUGCGAUUUUUUGUCGGAAGAAAAGGCUAUACUCAAUUAUCCUUUCAUGUCUGAUGAAAAACGCAACGUUGUUGAUGAGUUUUUUCAAACUAUCGAUAACAUUGCCGAUUUAGAUAUGAUGAAGGAUAUUUGCAAGUUACAAUAUAGAAAAGCUAUAAAGAGAAUAAGACUGGUUGAUUUGGCCGCGGAUUUAAUGUACAAAUUGAUGGGUUUCCCAGUGCCUUUAGUGUGUCAGAAGUCCAUUUUUGAGACUUUAAAAAACUCAGAUAUCGAAAAUUUCAUCUUGGCAACGAUGAAUAUCUAGUUUUGUUGAAAAAAAACAUAAUAAAAUAUUUUAUUUUGUUUAUAGGUAGAGACUAGUCAGGAGUUUGAAGACAAAAGUGGAAGUUUUAAGAAUGUUGGUUCUUUUUAUUACUUUUUAUAAAUCAUUGUAAAUGUAAAGUUCAUUUUUUAUCAAUUUAGAUUCAAUGUAAAUAAUUCAAACUCAAUACAAUCAUAUUUUGAAAAGUAAUUUUUAAACGUGAAGUUACAUUUUAUGAUGCGUUUUUGUAGGGAGAAGCACAAAUAAUAGUUAUACAAGAUUUUGUCAUGUUGAAGUCAGGUCGCACGAUAAAACUUUAAGUGCCUUCAGUUAUCUACAUGUCAUAUUUUGUUUUCUUCCGAAACAGAAGACUGUUAUUAAUUACUAAUAUUUUUAUAAAUACAUUGUAAUUACAUAAAUAACUGAUGUGCUGGUUGGUUUGGUAUGAAAAUUAAAUAUAAAGUUUUUUAAUAAAUGAAUCUUUUUUUCUAUAAUCCUUUCAAAAAAUGUAAAGAAAUCAUCACGGCUCAAAUUAAGCGAUAAAAAUUUGCAAAUUC